AUGACAUCCUCAACAUCCCUCCUCGACUCCAACCUCUCCGUCCUCGCCAUUCCGGCCUACUACAUCCUCUCCAUGGUCCCUCACGCCUACGGCCUGACCGUCGCAAGCGGCGGCAACCCGUCCAAGUUCGACAACCGCAACCCGCGCAACCAGGGCUCCAAGUAUGCCGAGACGCUCGACAAGCAGACCUACGCCAGAUGGGAGCGCUGCGAGGCCGCGCACCAAAACUCGAUGGAGAAUAUGCCGUUGUUCGCAUCGGCCGUCAUACUCGGCAACAUGGCUGGCCUGAAGCGCGAGGGGCUUGAUGGAAUGAAUGGGUUUGCGGGCGCGUUCUUGGCGAUUAGGGCAUUGUAUGCGUUUGUUUAUAUCAACAAUAACACGCAGGGAACGAGCUAUAUCAGGAGCGCGCUUUGGGGGACGGGGAUGGCUAUGUGUGUCAGGGUUAUGGUCAAGGCGGCUAAGGCGAUGAGUGGGACCACGCUUUUGUAA